AUGGAAUUGAGAAGUGAAUGUUAUUACAAUUCGUCUAAACCAUCGUGGCCAGAAUUGGUGGAGAGCGAUGAUAGUGACAUGGAAACUGAUAUUGAUGUUGAGAAAUUACCACCCCUUGAGGUCGGUCCUCAUGAGAAUCGUCUACAGCACACAUAUUGGUUGUGGUUCUCACGCAAAGGUGCACAUCGUGCAAUGGAUUAUAGUAAAUCGUUACGUGUGGUGGGUCGUUGUGCCAGUGUUCAGCAAUGGUGGUCAUUAUACUCGCAUCUUAAACGUCCCACAGCCUUAUCAUUGUACCUGGAGUUGAGUCUAUUCAAACAGGGCAUUAAACCGAUGUGGGAAGAUCCAGCUAAUUCGAAGGGUGGCCAAUGGGUAAUACGUUUACGUAAAAAUCAAAUUGAUCGUGCGUGGGAAAAUGUCUGCAUGGCCAUGUUGGGUGAACAAUUUUUGGUUGGCGAUGAAAUAUGCGGUGUAGUGUUAACAACAAAGGUUCAGGUAAGUUCAUAAUUUUCCUAAGUUUUCAUUGAAAGUGCAAUUUAAGAAACAUAUAAAAGACAUUUGACUAUAGAGUGACAUUUUAUUGGGAGAUGAAAUGAAAGUGUUUUUUUUUUCCUCAAAUAUUAAAAAAGUCCAAUAAUGUUAUAAUUAACAAAAGUGAUUUUUAAGAAAUAUAAUGAAUAAUUAAAAAGUGCUAUAAAAAUAAUGAUACAAAA